CAAUUUGCUUGCUAUGCAUAAUCAUGCUUUUUUGGUAUUUUUGUUAACUAAAUACGAACUCAACCUUAACCUCAAAAUGUGCCUCCACCUUCUGUCACAAAUUUAAUUAGCUGCAUUUUGUCUCAGCACUCCAAGGAAGGAAAUAAGUCUUCACCUUCACCCAUCACUGUCGUGGGACAACAAUCUACCGGAGAAUCCAUUCUGGAUACUACAAUUGCAGUUGGGCAUGUACAGGAAGGAGAUGGUAGCCUUGAUGGUGGUGUUUGUAUGCCUCUGAAGAGGAAGUUAAUUGAGGAGGAGUAGGUUGCAUCAGUCAUAUGGAUGGAAUAGCUGAUAGCUACUAUUAAUUUUCUAUAUUUUAAGUUUUAUGUUGUGGAUGACCCAUCUUUGCCACAUAAAUAUUUGAACUUUGUUUUACUCAAACUAUGUUGAGCCUAUUUUGAAUUUGCAGUGCUUUCUUCAUGAGAAAUAUAUAUUUGAAGUCUCAUUAUUGUCCAUUCUAUGCAUGUGCAUCGAGUUUCCUAGAAUCUAAAUCAUCAAUAUGAAUUCCUUUAAGAUUGGCAUGCUUUGUUUUCUAUCCAAACUUGACAUAAAGCUAUUGAGAAUGAGUUUUUCACACCAUCUUUAAGUUAGAGUCGUUGUAGAAAUAUUCUUUUUCAUUUAUUACAUCGCAUUUCUUAGGUCAACCUAUCGUAUUUUAAUUUUCUCCGGCCAACGGACCGGGCAACAAGCUAGUUGUUACUUAUGGCAUUGGCAUGUGUAGUUCGAUUCGCAACUUCCCUGCAAUUUGGUUGAGCAACUUAUUCAUGAAUCUUUUGGUGGGUUGAUUCGAUGGUCCAGUUCCUCUAGAGUAGUAGAGUUUAUUUUUUGAUGAGUCAGUUAUUGUUUUGUUUGAUUACCUAUAAUAAAAGUCAUAAGAGAGUAUGUUGCAUGGACGCUGGAGGGAAAAGACUCGAUUGGUAUACCUUUUUUAUUUUAUAUAAUUUCUUAAUAAACUACAAAUUAAAAAUUGAUUAUUUAAAUAGAUAAAAAUCUGAUGUGUAGACACAUCAGCUCAGCUAUUCAUAAACUCCGCUAGUGUCGUUACAGUUAAAUUUAACAGAGAAUUGUUAUUAUUUUGUAACUUUAUAAAUUUGACUACUACUUCUUAUUUUAUCAAUUUGAUUAAUAUUUUAUUUUGCUAAAGUUCAAACUUCAAAUUGGCUUAUAAAUUAUAUUUAUUCUUUUUAUAUAAAGAAAAGAGUAGGAAGUUUGCUGACAUGGCUUACUUGUGAGAAAAAUACCAAAAACGGAACGAAUGCCGGCAAGCAAACAAACCACAGGCCGGGGGAAUGUGGACUGAAUUAGAUGCGGCCUGGUCGAUCGACCACAUCAGACAGACACAGAGAGUUGGAUUUUCUUCCUUCUAUGCUACCAUCCAAUCUCUCAAAACCAGCUUAGAUAUGCCUCUGCCUCUUCUUCCCCUCCUCCCAAUUUCGCAUUUGCGGAGGAACCCUCUUCCUAAACCCACCUCAAAGCUGUAAUUAUAACCAAUCAGCAUAGGUAAAAAGGAAAAGAAUAUGUUGGUGCUGCAGGAUUGUUGCCGGAGCUCUGCCUCAGCUGGCAGCUCCGACCUCAGCCGUUUCUUCUCUGCUUCUCCUUCCACUUCUUCUUCUUCUCCCUCCCAAUUGGGCUUCUUCCUUCAGCAUCCCAACAUCAAACCCAAGCCUCCCCAAUUUUGUUUCAGACCCAGAAACCGCAGAUGCAGCUCGAUUUGCUUCAACUUGGUUGAAAUCGAGGAUAUUGCUGUAUCCCUCGCCCACAACAAGGUGUUGGUUGCAGCUGGAGUAUCGGCAGCGAUAGGUCAGCUGUCCAAACCCUUCACUUCCGUGCUCCUUUACCGUAAAGGUAGCAGCUUUGAUUUCAGGUCUGCCUUCCAGGCCGGCGGCUUCCCUUCUACCCAUUCCUCUGCUGUUGUAGCUGCCGCUACUUGUCUCGCCCUUGAAAGGGGCUUCUCCGAUUCGAUUUUCGGGCUCACUGUGGUUUAUGCUGGCCUCGUCAUGUAUGAUGCACAGGGUGUGAGAAGAGAAGUAGGUAGCCAUGCAAAAGUGAUAAACAGAGUACUGCUGCUGCCGCCUGACUUGAAUAGUGAGCCCGAUGACGACGAAUGGCAGCAGAAGCAGAAGCAGGUGGUGACAUCUAGCACUAGUACUGCCAGGAGCAAUCAAUUACAGACAACAGCUACUACUCAAGCUCUACUAUCCAAUGAUAGCAGUACUACUACUAAGGAGAUCAGCACUAUCUACAAUCCUCCUCUGAAAGAAUCCAUCGGCCACACUGAAAUUGAAGUUGUAGGUGGUGCCAUCCUUGGCUUCCUCGUUAGCAUACUGGUUUUUGACAUCCUGUCCUGACUCCAACUUGUUCAUUUGCUUGUAUUAUGGGCCGUUUCUUUGUUCGAUACAUUGAAUGGCUGAUCCAUUGGGGUAUGUUAGCUUCUGGCUUAGGUCAUUGGCAAGUGGAAAGUAAGUAGAGCAACAAUGGCUGCAAACAUUAUACAUCAAUGAGUGUUCAUCUAUCAAUUUCCUCCACUUUCGGAUUUCGAACAAAACACGAGUAGUUUUCAAACGUAUGACAUCCAUAGAGGUGUUACAUACCAACACAGAACGUGGAAAUGAUAUUCGGAAUACAUAAACACUCGGCCA